AUGAAAUUUCCAUGUAAUUACAAAACGAAGAGUUCACUGAUCUGCAAGUGCGAUUACGGCAGUCGUCACUGGCCAAGAGUCAUUGGCAAGACGUCGUCGCACUUCGAGCUGUUCCUCAGCUGGACCUCAAUGAAAAGAAUGAAAAGUGCCGGCGAGCCGUUACUCGUCUUGCCGUUAACUGCGGCCGUGCUAUGCGUUUCAGCCGUGUUCAGCCUGCCGUCGUUGUCGCAACGAAGCUCGGUGUUUGGUGAGCGACCAGCCGACGAAGAACGGAGGCAAACGCUGAAGGUCGGGGCGAUUUUCCCUGACAACCCGAUGAGUCAGAAGCUGUACAGGUUCCGAGUGUUCAGCUCUGAACUUGAGCAGUACAACAGCGGCGCCAAGGGACGCGAAGUGACCACCUUCCUGCCAGACGUCAUGUACCCGAAGCAGAUCCUCAAUACCCUCUGCAAAAUCCUGAUCCAGCAGAAAGUACGCAAUACCGAGGGCGUUCAUUGUCAGUAA